CAGUCUUCCAAAUCCAAUUCGAAAUCAUCAUCAACAAUAAAACCCCCCAAAAAAUACCAAUUAUCAUAAUUUUCCAAGUUCUUCAUUAAAUUAAACACACACCAAAAAAAACCCUCCCUACUCUCACAUUCUCUCUCCUCUUGUCCCCUUUCACCGCCCCAAUCCCUCUUCAAUUGCUCCCAAAAUCCAAAUGCAAUUGGCCAUUUUAUCUAUUCCGAUACCCUUAAUAAUCUCUCUUUCGUGCUGAUUUUGGGGGCGUAAUUCGCUUCUCAAAUCCCUAAUCUUUGAGCUCUUUGAAUUUUGUUUUCUAGGGUUUUUGUUUAUUUGUUUUUUUAUUGGAAUCAUUGAGAAAAUUCCGUGGGUGGCAUUUGAAGCUGUUGAAAAAAUUAGGGUUUUUGAGUAAUUUGAUGUAAUCGGCCAUGGCUCCUCCGCGUAAAAAAGGAGCCAACAGAACCAAGACUGCUGACGAGUUGCGACUUGGCGAUCUUGUCCUUGCUAAGGUCAAGGGCUUCCCAGCUUGGCCUGCUAAGGUUAGCAGACCUGAAGAUUGGGAGCGAGUUCCUGACCCAAAAAAGUAUUUUGUGCAGUUCUUCGGAACUCAAGAAAUAGCUUUCGUCACUCCACCAGAUGUGCAAGCAUUUACAAGCGAGUCGAAGAGUAGAUUACUUGCUAGGUGCAAAGGGAAAACUGUCAAAUACUUUGCUCAAGCUGUAAAGGAAAUAUGUGAAGCAUUUGAAAAAAGUGGUUUAGGUGGUCAUGGUGGUGACAACGCAGCAGCUCCUGAACGCGAUACAUCUAAUGGUGAAGAAGGGAAUGUCAAUGGUUCCCGUGCCGAGUUGAGAAGAAAACCUAAAUCUGGAGAAUUAUAUGUCAGUGAUCCUGCCAUAGAUCACACCUCUGGGAUGGGGGGUGAUUUUGUUGUGGAAAAUAUGUUGGAACGAGCUGGUACUGCUGAAGAAUUGAAGAAAUCUGGAGAUUGUCAUGAAAUGCUUGAGAAAGUAGUAGCAACAGAUAGGGAUUUUCCUACGGAAGCAUCAGUUCCUGGGUCACUUGUUUUUCCCUCCAUUAAGGAAGAAACAGCUUUAAGUCAGAAUAGAGUAGAUACAGUUGUUCGUCAUGAACGAAUUGAGUCAUCAAGGGCCUCAAGUUCCAGUCCGUAUAGCGGUCGUUCUGAGGUUAAGCGGGGUACCGGUCAUAAUGGGGAUGGUAAAAAGAAUACUUCAUUGUCGUUAGGAGCGUCAGGUCAUUUUAAGUUCUCUUCUAGUGGGGAAAAUAAGUCAACAAAUGGUCACAGAUCAAAGGAUUUGACUGCUGGGACUAAGAGAAAAAUUGAGGGCGUGAUUCGUCACACUGAAGUUGCUAAAUCUGGCGUGUUUGUUAAAGACCGGACACCUGGGAAACUUUCAGCUGGAGGACAUGUUAAGAGGUUGUCUGCAGGUGUAAACAAGUUGGAGUCUAGUUCUCGUGGGAAGGCCUUGCAAAGCCUGGUUAAAGACCAAAAGCUUUUGGAUGUUAAUAAAAGUUCACCACUGGCGGCUGCAGCUGCUGAUUCUAAGGAUCGUGGAGAUGGGGAAUAUUCUGGACGGAAAGAUCGGCAAGUUGUCCAGGAACAGUCGCAGUCACAGUCAGCUAAGAAGGCUAAGCAUGUGCACAUAGUUAGUGAUGUUGUAAAGGGGUCAAUAAUCAAGAGUGAAAAAAGUAAUUUUGAACCUGAGAUCUACAGCGAGGAAGGUGAAGCUGCUGUGCUACCUGUAGCAAAGCGUCAACGUCGAGUAUUGGGGACCACAUCUGAUGUAAACAUUUCAUCGGAAGACAAAAGAAGUUUUGGCCCUAAAACUUUGAAAAGUGAUGUUCCGAAGAAAAGAAGAGCUGUUUGCUUGUAUAACGAUGACGAUGAUGAUGAUGCUGAUCCUAAAACUCCAGUGCAUGGAGGGUCUUUGUCUGCCUCCAAAGUUGGUUCGUCUGCAAUUAUUCUUGAUAUUAUAAAGAAGACCGAUGACAAUCACAAAUCUUCUGGUUGUGCUGGAGAUACUCUGAAGGUUUUAAGUGGAGAUGGUGGUAGCUCUCAGAAGGAAUGUCUUACACCUGUUAAGUUCGUCGGUGAUUCUUCUCUACCUGCCACUCUGCAGCUGAAGGUAGACAAUUCUGCAAAAGCACUAAUAUCUCACAGCCCUGGGAAGGAAGAAUUAGACAAGCCACUGGUGAAGGAGGCUAGGACUGAUUUGGUUUCCCCAACAAAGUCUCCUUUGGUAGUGGCUCCUGUUAAAAAGUUCGCUGACCAACAAAAGCCUAACAGACCACCCAUUAAGGGGAUCAGUUUGAAUUCUUACGGCAAGUCUCCAAAUUUACCUGGUAAAGAAUCAAAACCUGUUUCUGGCGGAUCAAACCCUUCUCAAAGUCAGGUGUCUUCCCAGAAAAGUAGGCAGCCUUUGUCUGGGGAGAGGGCAAAAAGUAUUCCAAAAACUUCUACGAGAUUGAAUGGGCCAACCUCUUCUUUUGACAACCAGAAGGAACAUGAUCUUGUGUUAGCUGAUGAAAGGAUGGAAGAUGCGAAGGACAGUUCUGGUUCUUUGGUGGAUUCAAAGGCCUUAGACUCUGCAUUAUCCAUGAGACAUUUAAUUGCUGCAGCUCAGGCUAAAAGGCGACUAGCUAAUAUACAAAAUGUACCUCUGGGUAAUGGAAGUUCUGCACCAGCACCUUCUGCUAAUCUUCAUGGAAUGAGUCCAAGCCCAUUGUCUAAAGGGCAUGAUGCUUCAUCUGGUUUGGGUAAUGUAACUGAGCUUGAUGUUCAAGGAGUUCAUGAUCGUGGAUCUUUGGCUUCCCCGCCUGUUCAUAUUCGUCAGUUGGCAUCACAUAAUCAACUGGACUCCGAAGAACAUGAAAAUAAAGGAUCUGGCUCAGGACGUCAAGCUGCAGGAAGUACUUUGAGUGGUGGCACAGAAGCCGCCGUUGCUCGUGAUGCUUUUGAAGGAAUGAUAGAAACAUUGUCGAGGACCAAAGAAAGUAUUGGACGCGCUACUCGACUUGCUAUUGAUUGUGCCAAGUAUGGAAUUGCGAAUGAGGUUGUGGAACUGCUCAUUCAUAAAUUGGAAAAUGAGGCAAACUUCCAUAGGAGAGUGGAUCUCUUUUUUUUGGUGGACUCCAUCACUCAAUGCUCACAUAGUCAUAAGGGUAUUGCUGGUGCCUCAUAUAUCCCUAUUGUUCAAGCAGCGUUACCUCGCCUUUUAGGCGCAGCUGCUCCAUCUGGGGCUAAUGCUCGGGAAAAUCGCCGACAGUGCCUGAAGGUCUUGCGCUUGUGGCUUGAGAGAAAAAUUCUGCCGGAGUCGGUACUUCGUCGCUUCAUGGAUGAUAUUGGUAGUUCAAAUGAUGAUCUGAGUAGUGGGUUUUCCUUCAGACGUCCUUCAAGAGCUGAGCGUUCGGUGGAUGAUCCUAUUAGGGAGAUGGAGGGUAUGCUUGUCGAUGAAUAUGGGAGCAAUGCUACUUUCAAUUUGCCUGGAUUUUUAACUACUCAUGGAUUUGUUGAUGACGACGAAGACGAGGAGGAUGUUCCAAGUGUUUCUAUCAAAGAAUUUGAUGUAUCUCCAUUACAACCCUCAAAUAGUUCUGCAGGGCUUGAAACAGGAAAAGAGACGCCAAAUGAUAGGCGUCACCUCAUCUUGGAGGAGGUUGAUGGUGAGCUCGAGAUGGAAGAUGUUUCUGGGCACCUAAAGGAUGGAGCACUCUCACCUAGUCGUUUGUCAAAGAAAGAUAAACAAGAGAAGCAGUUGAACACUGAAUUGGAGUUUUCCACUAAUGAUUUUGCCGAGUCCCCAUCACUGGAGGGUUCACCACCAUUGCCUUUUGAAUCUCCUCCUCCCCUCCCACCAUUACCUUCUUCACCGCCUCCCCCUCCACCGCCGCCUUCAUCACCUUCUCCUCCCCCACCCCCACCACCACCACCAUCAGUGCUGCUCUCUCAGCCUCCUCCGCCUUCUGUGGUACCAUCAGGGCCCCCACAGGCUGGUAGUCUUCAGCCUCUGCUUCCCCCAAAGCCUUCCAUGGCUCCUCAUGUUUUAUUACUGCCUCCAUCUGUAGCUCGUCCUGUACAAGCUCCGUUACCUCCGGAUUAUAGCAUACCAGCUGGUGGCCACCCUGUUCUGAUUGCCAGCAAUACCCCUCAACAAGUACCUUGUUUUCCUGUUGGAGCACCUGGUUCACUCGACACACCUGGAUACAAUUCUGUGUAUGUAGGGCCACAAGCUGGUCAGUCGAACCAGCAGUAUCAGCAAAACCAGCAAUAUCAGCCUUGUCAGUCAACAUAUGGACAGAGAGCUUUCCCUCCUGUGGCAGUGCCUCAACCCCCUUCAGGCCAUUUUGCUUAUAAUCCCUCAGUUCAGCAGCAGAUGCCCCAACCCCGGCCCCAUCAAUACACUUCAGCUUCUCACUCUGAUGGAUUGAGACGAUUUGGUGAUGAACAAUGGAGGUCUGCAUCUGCCGAAUAUAACGCGGAGAGUCAACAUAAUUCAUGGAUGAAUGGAGGGAGAAUGCCAUCGGGCCCACCUACAAAUUUUACCGGGGAAGGUGCAUAUUUCCGACCUCCUGAAAGGGCACUGACAGAUAACAUCGGAUACCAAGUCUCUGGUCCUAACCCUGCUAUCGCAGGUCCUUCAGCAUCAGGUCAUGGUAUCAAUCAGAUGUUGCCUUCCAGGCCAGAUGUAUCAUCUCUUAAUGGUUGGAGGCCGGUGUAGAAGUCCGCUAGAAGUCCAGUUGUUGAAUUCAAUGUCUUGGGGCUGUAAGGAUGGUCAUCGAUAUAUUUUUCGUACGAGUCUUCCCGAUUAACUUGGCAUACAGGGAGAUACAAGUGUCCGUGAUUGUGUACUGGAUAUACUGAUGGACAAUGUAGAGUAUAUUUUUCCCGAGAAUCAACUCCUGCUGACAUUUGCCUCCCAAUGUUUUGCUGAUGCUGCAAUUUGUUCUUAAUUAUGACACCCCGUCACUCUAUGGAGCAUGAUCCAAAUACUCUGACAGAUAAGUGGCUAUUUUGGAGGUAAACUCUUACUUUGAAGCUUGACAGAUACUAACAUGAGCGCCUAUACAAGGGUUCUACAUUAGAAUAGCUAUAAAGAUAGUACUUAUAUACUUUAGCAUCAAGUCUUGCUGUAUAUAUUGUGACUAACAAUGCUGCACAGAUACGUUGGUUCAUUUUGUAAAUACUUUCAUUUAACCACCCAUUCUUGGUAUUUAAGAAUAAUUUUCUGGUGGUGUCUCCCAA